CCCAACUCGGAUUAUCCAUCUGUGCCAUCAUUUCCUUAUCGUCAGUGUGACCUGAGAGCAAAGCAAGGCAGAGCGUGCAGAAGUGGAAGCUGAGGAGCUUCGUUUUGCAAACUCAGACAGGAUGCUGCACAUGAAGAUAAAACACAUCUUUAAAUUAUUGUUGAUGGUGGCGUCUUUCACACUGCUCCUUCACGUUUCUUACCGCAGCACCAUCGCUCCUCUGCUCGCUUCAGGACAAGAUGGUGCCAGAGGGAUUUCUACUUUCAGGAAUUUCUUUUCGAGCUGGAACAUGGGCUGCACUAAACAGGUCUACGUUCGGCCUCCGCCCUGGUCCGACAGCCUGCCCACCAUCUACGCCAUCACUCCGACAUACAAAAGAUCUGUGCAGAAGGCGGACCUGACACGCAUGUCCCAUACUCUGCUCCAUGUGGCCAACCUGCACUGGAUCGUGGUCGAAGACUCUGAAACAAAGACCAGUUUGGUUAGCCGCCUCCUCAAUAAGACGGGGCUGAACUACACCCACUUCAACGUUCAUAUAACUGAGAAGCUUAACUCCAGGGGCAGUGGGCAGAGAAACCUGGCUUUGAAGUGGCUACGGGACACUUUCAGAUUAAAUGACAGCAAUGCCGGCGUGGUCUACUUUGCAGACGAUGACAACACAUACAGCCUGGAGCUGUUCGACGAGAUGCGCAAUACUAAAAAAGUGUCCGUGUGGCCCGUGGCCUUUGUGGGGGGUCUUCGCCUUGAGUCCUGCAAAGUUAACGCCUUGGGCAAAGUGUCCGGCUGGGACGCUAAAUUUGCCCCAACUCGACCAUUUGCCAUUGACAUGGCAGGGUUUGCAGUGAGCUUGCAGCUGAUUCUGUCCAAACCCGACGUUUACUUCAGACUGCAUGGGAUCCCGUCAGGACAUCAGGAGACCAGGUUUUUAGAGGAUCUGGUCACUCUCAGCGACCUGGAGCCGAAAGCUGCCAACUGCACCGAGGUUUUAGUCUGGCACACUCGCACUACAAGCCCGUCAAUUGAUGGAAAAUAUGGAGACCCCAACAUUGAGACAUGACGCACGACCUGAUCCAGGCAGCAGCAGGCUGAGACAUGUGUUUGGAGCAUGACCACAUUUUCACACACUUUCUUUGUUGAUGUUGUUUAGUUUUUUUGUUGUGGGGUGUUGUGGGGUGGGUGGCAGUUAUGAACUACACCUCAGCUCUUAUGCGCUCUAUUUCUUUAUCUGUCUGAUCAUGUGUUCUCUCACUUGUGUAAUGAUCUGCAAUGAAAUGCUGACAAAUCUGAAAUCUCAGUGAUUAGCUAUGAAGUCGGGCUUUGUGAAAAAAAAAAAAAAAAAUCAUCAUGUUUGUUGUAUUUAUGUAAUUUAAAGUGGUUUUCUCCAUUGAUCACUUCAUCGCUGUAAGUAGAUGCCAUUUUUAUUAAAUUGUUCACUAAUAAACUGUU